AUGGAAUGGACAAUACGUGAGCUUGUUGAACCGGAGCGAUUUGAUGCACAAAAUUCCGAAAUUUAUGAUGUUCUUUUUCUGGAAAAACGAUCUUGUACCAAAAUUCCGUUCGUGGUAGGUAUUAUUGUUUGUGGAAUUGAAUGGAGUUUUGGUGUCAUCUUUUUACCACUUUAUUCUCUACAUAUGUCAUUGCAUUUUUCAUCUCUAAAGGACGAACUAUUGCAGCUUUUAUAUGCUUUAUUACAUUAUUACAGCGUAGUAUUAUUUAUGAUUGCAAUUUCAGAAAAGCAUGCUAAUUUACUCAAACAACAAUUGAUAUUUCAAUAUGUCACUUGCAUUUUUCUUCUACUUAAUGCGACAUUCACAUUUACGCCUGAUAUUGGUGGAUAUAACGAGGAAUAUUUAUUUGGUUAA